CCUCUGCUGCACCGCGCAGUUCCCAGCCAGUCGGGGCAGAGGCAGGAGCGCAGGCAGGUUGUCGCAGAGGGCGCCCUCUCCCACCCUCCUGGCUCCCGCUGCCCGCCCGCAGCUCCGAGGGAGGGGGCGAGACUCGCGCUCGUGUCCAGCCCAGCCCAGCCCAGCCCAGGAAGGCGACGAGUCGGGAGGAUGGAGGUGCCUCGCCUGGACCAUCCCCGGAGCAGCCCGGCCAGCCCCUGCGAGGAUGUCCUCAAGAACCUCAGCCUGGAGGCCAUUCAGCUCUGCGACCGGGACGGGAAUAAAUCACAAGACAGUGGGAUUGCCGAGAUGGAAGAACUCCCAGUGCCCCAUAACAUCAAGAUUAGCAACAUCACAUGUGAUUCUUUCAAGAUUUCAUGGGACAUGGACUCCAAGUCGAAGGAACGUAUCACCCACUAUUUCAUUGAUCUAAAUAAGAAAGAAAACAAGAAUUCCAACAAAUUUAAGCACAAGGAUGUACCUACAAAACUAGUGGCAAAAGCUGUCCCCCUCCCUAUGACCGUCCGUGGCCACUGGUUCCUGAGCCCACGGACUGAAUACACAGUGGCUGUGCAGACAGCUUCCAAGCAAGUGGAUGGAGACUACACGGUUUCAGAAUGGAGUGAGAUCAUUGAAUUCUGUACAGCAGAUUAUUCCAAGGUUCACUUAACACAACUUUUGGAAAAGGCAGAAGUGAUUGCAGGCCGUAUGCUUAAAUUUUCAGUCUUUUAUCGGAAUCAGCACAAAGAAUACUUUGACUACAUCAGAGAGCAGCAUGGAAGCAUCCUGCAGCCCUCAGUUAAGGAUAACAGCGGCAGCCACGGCUCUCCGAUCAGCGGGAAGCUGGAGGGGAUCUUUUUCAGCUGCCACACUGAAUUCAACACCGGAAAGCCCCCCCAAGAUUCGCCUUACGGAAGAUACAGGUUUGACAUUGCAGCCGAGAAACUUUUCAACCCAAACUCAAAUUUGUACUUCGGGGACUUCUACUGCAUGUACACGGCCUACCACUAUGUCAUUCUUGUCCUGGCCCCCGUUGGCUCGCUGGGGGACGAGUUCUGCAAGCAGCGCCUGCCCCAGCUGAACUUGCAGGAUAACAAAUUCCUGACCUGCACCGAAGAAGACGGAGUCAUGGUUUACCACCAUGCGCAGGAUGUCAUCUUGGAAGUGAUUUACACUGACCCGGUCAGUCUCUCCCUCGGCACAGUGGCAGAAAUCACCGGGCACCAACUCAUGAGUUUGUCCACUGCCAAUGCCAAGAAAGAUCCAAGCUGCAAGACAUGUAACAUCAGUGUGGGACGCUAAUUUCCAUCUCCACCCUCCUUAGGACCCUCCUCUGUUUGCCUACGCCCUCUCUCCACCCUCCACAUCAGACGCAUGACAAAUGUCCUCCUACCCAGAAGCAAGCCCCCGUCACCCAUUUCUUCAACGGUUCCUCUCUGAGCAGAGCUACAUGUUCCAGCCAAGCUAGGUCAGCCCCCUAGAUGGCAUCCAGUGAAGUAUCUUUCUCCCCUUCUGCCCUACAGCAUUGAAGCCAAGCAUGCUGGCCGUUGUACCCACAGCUUAUGUGCUUUCCCUGUCCCGGUUGGAUGCUGCUGGUGGGGACACGGGAUGGGAUGGCAUCACCGUGCCAGUCAGUGGGUCCCCGUGUCAUGGGGGAGAAAGCAAAGGAGCCCCACAUGGAGACAGUAUUACCUGUGCAGCCGCCCUGUGUAACAUGUAGUUCUGCCCUUUGGUAUUUCCCAUGUUUCCUCCCCUCCUGAUCCGCCACUGCUUUCAACUGUUCAAAAUCUUGAGGGUAUUUUAGUUUUCUUUUCUUUUUUCCCCUAGCAACCAUUUAUACAUCUAAGUGCUGCAAUUGGUGUUAAUUUGUCCCUCCU